AUGGAAGAUGCUAUUGAAGAAAUGAAUGGCAUGGAUUUGGAUGGACGAACUAUUACAGUGGAUAAGGCUCAGCCUAACCAAGGUUCAGGUAGAGACAACGAUAGAGAUCGCCCCCGUGAUCGCGACCGUGGUCGUGAUCGCAAUCGUGAUUCCGGAGGUGGUAGGGGAUCUGGAGGUGGAGAAUGUUAUAGGUGUGGUAAGCCAGGGCAUUUUGCUAGGGAAUGUCCAGGUGAGGAGGCUCGAGGUGGCAGGUAUGGUGGCAGGGAGGACAGGUAUGGUGGUGGUGGUGGCGGUGGCGGUGGCGUGGUGGUGGCCGUUAUGGUCCUGAUCGGACUGGAGAUCGAUUUGGUGGACGCAACAGGGAUUCUGGUGGUCAUGGUGGAGGUGAUCGAUAUAAUCGUGAACGUUCUGGACCUUAUGAUCGCCGGGGUGCUGGAAGUUUCUGAUCUGGAUAAAAUAACUACUGAAAUUGAGGCAACCACAAGUGGCAAUAUUCCUGCUGGAUUCGUUUAUGAUUUUCUUGCAUUGGCACUUGCACAUCUCAAAGUUUCAUGGUGUUGUUUGGAUGCUCUGGAAGAGUUUAACAACCACUGUCCACUAUUUCUUGUGCUAAUCAUUGCUCUCCUUGGGGAGAAGGUUGUUCUGGAUAAUGCCGCCUUUCAAAUUUUUGUUGGAGACUGCUGCCUCUUGCAAGUCCUGAAGAGUCUUGGGAGGAAAAUGAUUUCUGGGGUGCGAAGAGUAGCGACAGAGAAAGAAGAAAGGGGAAUGUUGGUGGGUCAGCCAUGGAUGGGUCCUGUGUGUGAAGCCAGAUCACCAUAUGUGGAGGUGGAAGAUGGAGGUGCUGGGAGAGAGGGAGAGACUUGGAGCUACAUCUGCAGCCCAGCACUGUUCUUUUGGACAAAAUACGCGACAACAAGUUUUUCCUGGCAUUCUAAUCUCAUAAACUAUGAACGCAAUAAAGGAGCAUACAAGGAAUCAAUCCUUUAUAUAGGCCAAGACUUAGCAAGGAGUAUCAAGUUUAACCACCUCACUUACAGGUUAUCAGCUUGAACCCGUGAAUUGUACAGCUUGAUAAGGAUGUAGAAUAAUGCAGUGUCACUGAUUUACUCGACAGCAGAAAUAAUGUAUCCUCACCAUUAUUUCCAAACGAAAGAAUAGGGGGUUUCCUCAUCCUUCGGCCAUUUUGACAUGUCUCUCAGAAUCCCAACUAAUGGGGUGACUAUACAACAGUGAACAACCAGAGGUAUAUCACCAUGUAAGCUCAACAUUAGCUCCUCCAUCCCUCGUAUUCCACAUUUCCAUUUGCUUGUUGCUGAAAAAUACUU